AUGACGCCUGCCUCGGCGGCUGCGCAGCUGGUGGUGCUGGUGGCUGCCAGCAUGCAGUUCCAGUGCGCUCAGCUGCUGACGCUCGACCAGGCUGCGGCUGCAGUUGGCGGCCGUGUCGGGAUCACCGUCCUCUCCAGCUCUCACUCAGAUGCAGUGACACUGUCUAAAGCAAUGAUGAGGGAUCGGCGUCUGUGGGUGACGGCAGCCGCUCACACCAGUAUUUGCUGCGUAGCCAGGAUAAUAGUAGCCCCGCAUUACAACAGCACUUGGAACGGCUUUCAUGAGGUGAUCCGGCGAGAACGCUGGGAGCCGCAGCUGCCGGUAGCAAGCAUCAGCUCCUCAACCCAGAUGACAUGGCGCACAGGAGAGGUCAACAAGAACCUGACUGGCGUCCAUUUAAGAGCCAUCGUUGUGGUAACCAGCACUCAAACAGACAAUCUACAUGAAAGACUUGUCAGCGAAAAAGAGAAACAUCUAGACCCACUUGCGAGAUUUAACUACGCUCUUUUCUUGCACCUGAGAGAGGUGUACAACUUCACGUUCAGCGUCCAAGCAACACGGUCUUGGGGAUACAAGACGAAAGCAGGGCGAUUUGAUGGUAUGAUGGGAGUGAUACAGCGAAAUGAGGCCGACAUUGGAGCCUCCUCUGCACUUAUCAAAAAAGAGAGACUCGAAAUUGUGGAUUAUGCUGGCCACACUUGGAAAUUUUGGAGUGUAUUUUGUCUUGCUAACAUAUGUAGUGAGAAGGCGAGCUAG